GCGGUCCACGCUCGCCGCCCGGAGCCGUGCGCCUGCCUGCCCGCGGGGGCUCGGGGCGCCAGGUGCGGUUCUAAAGAAAGCAAGGAAAGACGCACAAAGGCGAGUGCUUAGCUUGCUUCGGCGCUGUUAGCCGAGCCUGAGACCCACAGAUUCCAGUUGAGAUCACCGUGGCAGCCAGACCCUUCCUUCCUCACGAGGAGCAGCCCUUCUUAUCAACAGCAACAUUGACAGGACCUGUGUUUUGGAAAAGGACCGAUGGCUUUGGGCCUGGGUUGGAGAGCAUUUGCACCAUUUCCCAUGAACCACUGUGGUGUCUUUCUGAAAGCUGUGAGAAGCAAUGGUCUUUCCUUGUUUCCUUGGGGCCAGUCCCCUUGGAGAGGAACUGGAAGCUUUUUGGACCCUGAGAUGAAAGCUUUCCUGGAGGAGAACACAGAAGUCACCAGCAGUGGCAGCCUCACCCCUGAAAUCCAGUUGCGGCUUUUGACGCCCAGAUGCAAGUUCUGGUGGCAAAAAGCUGACCUGUGGCCCUACAGCGAACCUUACUGGGCAAUCUACUGGCCAGGAGGCCAGGCCCUGUCUAGGUAUCUUUUGGAUAAUCCUGAUGUUGUUAGAGGAAAGUCUGUGUUAGAUCUUGGGAGUGGCUGUGGAGCUACAGCUAUUGCUGCCAAGAUGAGUGGGGCAUCGAGGAUCUUGGCCAAUGACAUAGACCCUGUUGCAGGAAUGGCUAUCACACUGAAUUGUGAGUUGAACCAACUGAAUCCUUUUCCCAUUUUAACCAAAAACAUUUUGGAUUUGGAACAAGAUAAGUGGGACCUUGUUGUGCUUGGAGAUAUGUUUUAUGAUGAAGACCUUGCAGACCAUCUUCAUCAAUGGCUGAAGAAUUGCUUUUGGACCCACAGAACUCGAGUACUGAUUGGUGACCCUGGGCGACCCCUGUUCAGUGGACAUAGCAUUCAACAUCAACUGCACAAAGUGGUAGAAUAUUCACUUCCAGAGCCUACUAGGAGGGAAAACAAUGGAUUGACAACAAGCACAGUAUGGGAUUUUCAGCCUUGAGUUGUCCAAGUGCUUCCAGUAUGAAUAUGGCUAUGUUUGGGUUUAACCCUAAAAGACCCUCCAGUUUAAAGCAUGUAGCAUCUCGUUUCCAAAAUAUGAAGUCUUAAAGUUUUGUCAGCUGUUGUCCUGUAACUCAUUCUGCAUUAUGCCAAAUAUACAAAUGUCUACCUGCAAUUUUCUGGUUUUACUGCUUAGAAUUCUAGAAGGCAAUACCAAAAUGGUAGCAACAUGUAAUUUAAGUAGUAGAGAGGAAUGAGAAAGUGUAGGCGAAGUCUGUUUCUGUAGUUGAGGACAACUAUGUGAUGGGUCUUCGAAUGAGACACAAUGCAAAAUAGAGUACUGUAUUUCAAAAAAAAUGACCUGUAAAGAUCAGAACUGGACUUAGUAUGGUAGAGAGUACGUGAGCUUUGGAGUCAGGCAACUCUGUCACUUUCCAGUUGGGACUUUAAGCUAGUUAAGCUCUCUGAGCUUUAACUUCUUCAUCUAUAAAACUGUAACAAACCUAAUAAACCUCACCUCAAGGCUAUUAUAUUAAAUGAAAGUAUAAAGUGCCUCAUACAGUAUUUAGUACAUAAUAGGACCUCAACUGACAGUUGUGGAUAAAAAUGAAGAUUUUUAGAAUUUCAUAUAUACUGUGACACCUUUUGAUGUCUCUUUAUGGUUCACUAAGGUUAGCUAGAAAUUGGUUAUGUGGGGUGCCUGGGUGGCUUAGUCAUUAAGCAUCUGCCUUUGGCUCAGGUCAUGAUCCCAGAGUCCUGGGAUGGAGCCCCGCAUCAGGUUCCCUACUCCACUGGGA